UAGCCACCUACUACAGACACUGCUUUCAACGCUCCAGGAAGCUUAUCACUGCGUUCGGCAUACAUCUCAACCCGCGCAAGCCGCUCGAGCUCACCGAGACGCGUCGCAAGCAGGAGUUUGUCAUUAACUCGCGCGCCAUGCUGGAUGCCUGGUUCCGCGAGCACCCGAACCAGCCGGCCCGCAUCAUCGGCGACGCCGGCGAGGUCAUUGUAUUGCUGCCCCAUCUGACCAACGAGAUGCGCAACGACCCGCGCCUCAGCUUCGCCGGUUGGAUUGUAAAGAACUUCCUUGCUCACAUCCCCGGUUUCGAGGGUUUCCGCGAGGGUAGCCGAGACUCGCAAAUUGUCCAGGAGGUCAUCAUGAAAGACCUUACAAAGUAUCUAAACAAGAUCACCGAGCCGCUCUCUGAGGAGACCGCCCUGGCCGUGAACGAGUUGUACCCUGCAGACGACGAUCAAGAACGGCACACGAUCUCGCCGCGCGAGCGUCUCCUCCGCCUGGUCGCCCGCGUCUCCUCCCGCGUGUUUCUGGGCGAGGAGAUCUGCCGCAACGAGGCCUGGCUCCGCGUCACGCGCGAGUACACGGUCGACGCCUUCGGCGCCGCCGAGGAGCUGCGCCUGUGGCCCGCCCCGCUCAGGGCCCUCGUGCACUGGUUCCUCCCCUCGUGCCGCCGCGCCCGCGCCGACGUCGCCGAGGCCCGCCGCAUCAUCGGCGCCGUGCUCGACAAGAGGCGCUUGCAGAAGCUGCGCGGCGAGAAGGUCGAGUACGAUGAUGCCAUCGACUGGUUCGAACGCGAGGCCCGGGGAAGGGAAUAUGACCCGACCGUCGCCCAGCUCACUCUGUCGAUGGCCGCCAUCCACACCACAACGGAGCUCGUGACCCAGGUCAUGAGUGACAUUGCUCAGGACCCCGACAUCCUGGACGAGCUGCGUCACGAGAUGGUCCAGGUCCUCCGCGACGGCGGGUGGAAGAAGACGUCGCUCUACAACAUGAAACUUCUCGACAGCGUCCUCAAGGAGAGCCUGCGUUUGAAGCCGACCGGCAUUAUCAGCAUGCGCCGCCUCGCGUCGGACAACAUCCGCUUCUCGGACGGCACCUCGAUCCGCAAGGGCAGCAUGGUGGCGGUGACGGCGCGGAAGCACUGGGACGCGGGCGUGUACGAGAAGCCGGAGGCGUGGGACGGCCGGCGGUUCCUGCGCAUGCGCGAGACGCCCGGGCGCGAGCACGUCGCGCAGAUGGUCAGCACGGGGCCCGACUACCUCUCCUUCGGCCACGGCCAGCACGCCUGCCCGGGCCGCUUCUUCGCCGCCAACGAGGCCAAGGUCGUCCUGAUCCACCUGCUGCUCAAGUACGACUGGCGCCUCUCGCCCGACGCGCCCCGGCCCCGGAUCCGCCACUACGGCUGGACUCUCCGCGCCGAUCCGACCACCACGAUGCAGUAUCGCCGCCGGAGACCCGAAAUCGACCUCUGAGUCGAGGAUAGAUACCGCGAAAGUAAAAAGAGAGAAUAGGUGCUACAGCACGGCAGGGAGUGCUGCAAUCGGGGCAACCACAGCGGUGUGUGAGCGCUGUGGCAGGCACUGCUGGAACUCUAUUAGUAUGAGCCUCAGAAGUGGUAAGGAUGAUGGUUGAUUAUUGUCGAGCGCCCGAGGCACUGGUAGAAGCUCUCUAAAUACAUGUUGAACCCUGGUCCGUCGUUCCUUGGUGG